UUUAAUAGAACCGCCCCGGAGCCAAUGGCCCUCGCAAUGGCCGAACCAAAGGGUAUGACUGAAAUUGCUCCUGAAGACAAGCCCCGUGCCACAGAGCUAAUAGUGAAAGGCAAGAGACUAAUAGAUGAAGCAAAGGAGUCAAGUUCCAGUGAAAAACCUCAUUUAGUGGCCCAGGGAUUGAAACUUUUCAUUCGAGCUGCUGCCGAAGAAUCCCGGGAUGCCGUGAAGAGAAUCAAUAGCUUGUUCUCUGAUCUCUCCAAUAGUGUAAUCAACGAGCUGCCUAGUGAUCUUAGGAAAAUGGCAUACGUACUAGUGAAAAGUACCGAUAGAGAGAAGGAGGUCUACGUGGUAGCGAAGGACAUUUUCGAAACAAUGGCAGAAAGAAGAGAUUACAUUUACAAAGAUGAAAUUGGGGAAGCAGUGGAGCGCUUGCUUGCCACUAAAAGAGAAGAUAGCGAUUCGUACAAAAAGAAACUGAGACAAACAAUGAAGAAGCUGUUGAACUCUUGCCUCUCUACUAAUGACAAAGGAGACAUUAUUGUUACUGAAGAUAAGUUCUGUUUGACUGCCUGCUUAUACUCUCGUGGAGAAGCCGACCUUCUCAGUUCCGUUGAGGCUGAAGGCAUUGCAGAACUAACAUCAGAAGAACUCGACAGCUUUGAAAAAUCUAAUUGGCUGAAGAAGGUGACCAGUUUUCCAUCUCAAAGUCUUCGCCUUGUUUCGCAUUAUGUGUUGCAGACCAUUGAGAGGUAUGGGAUGCGAUGGGUGUGGUCGAUGUUCCCCCUCAGGCAGUUCUUCAUAUUGCUCCUGAUAUACUUAGUACCUCUCAUUAAUAUCCAGUUCAUGCUCUCUGGCUUAGCUACACUCGCUUUCUUUAUCUGUCUAAUGGGGAUGGUUGUAUCAACGCUUCAAGUCAUUGCCAAUUCGUCUAAAGUUAAAUCCUACGAAGAAUACUCUGUUCUUUUCUCUCACUUUGCCGAGAGCGAAGAAGAUAAAGAUGCCAUCUUGAAUAAUCCGGAUUUCAUCGUGAGCUCUGCAAUCCCUUAUGCUACAUACAGUCUAACAACAGUUCUGGGUAUAUUUCUGAUGGGAAUGGCAUUAGAAGAAGCUCUUUUCUAUGAGAUACUAGUAAUCAUUGCUGGGGCCAUGUCACUCCUUGUCUUCUUUCAGUUCUCAUGUUGGAAGUCUCCUCUGAUACUAUUAGUCCUGUCCACUCGGCUAUUGAGCUGGGGGUUAGUAUUUCUCUACAUGUUUAGCUCUCUGGUCCCAAUACCUGACUUAUUCUUUAUAACCGGAUGGAAUCUAGUCUCAAUACCAGUCUUUCCAGGGAUUUGGAUCGGUAUAAACAUCACAUCACUCAUCCAAAUACCGCUCCACAUUGCACUCGUGUUGUAUUACGGGUCUCAAUACUCGUGGAAGAAUCUAUUUUAUGGUUUGGGCCCUUACCUCUUGUUUAUUUCUUGGUGGAUAUUCUGUAGAUCCAUUUUCACACACUCCUCUGUUGUGUCUUUAUUCAUAUUUGGUCCAGGUGUUUUAUUUUGCCUUUUCUUUUUGCCAUUCCUCCCAAUGCUAAUUGUCUCUGCGCCACUAAUCAUUCUGAUCUAUUACGGUUUCUCCGUACAACUUCUGAUCUCACUUAUCCUGCUUCUUAUUGUUAGCAUUGCCAGUGUAUUACUAAUGAAGUAUUACCAGCACCUCAAAGACAAGAAAGCUUUAAAGCUAAACAUUAACAUCAAUCAUGUUUUGAUAGCUCAAUUCUUAAUUGGAGGCAUUUUGUUCAUUGCUGGCACACUCUACUACAACUCUCCCCCUCCUUCCUCCUUUGAUAUCUUAUCAUUUGAGGAAUACAAUCACUUGUGUGGAGUGGACACGUCCAUAAAUGAUAACCUCAUACAAAAUCAACUUGACUGCCUUCAUUUGAAAGGCAGUGUCCUCAGCGUCGAGAUUGCACAAAUAAAAGAAGUCAGGAUUAGUGAGAUUACCAAUAGUCCUCUCACUACAUUAUCCAACUUCCCUGAUUCUGUUCGGAAUACCUUGACGUGUCUUAUGGGCGAGACUAAGCCAUUUUGUGGUAGACAGGCAGACUCAAAAACAUGCAUCUUCAAAGGCUGUCAUUUCGAUUCAAAGAACCAAUACAAUGUGCAUAUAUCAACCAUGAUACCAAGCGGAGGAGAGUCUCUUAGAAUGACGGCUGUACUCUCUGUAUGGAUGGGUCAUCAGUAUCUACUGGAUAGCAAUUUAUUGAAGUUAAAGUCCAACCAGUUCAUAUCCUUCAAUGCUACACUGGAGGAUGGACUAGGCACUCAGACUCUUAAUCUUAAACUCCUCUCGUAUCAGUUGAAGGACGGCAGUGAUGAGGUUUUUGAUUCGAGUGAGAAAGGCUCAUUGGAUAAGGAGUCAAAGGGAGAGAUCCUUGAUGACUUCUGGUCUUCGGUUAUUUCCACGGCUAAGUUUGUGACCGAGAUAUUAUUUGGGUAUUCUUCAUCUGAAUAUUAUAAACCUUGAUCAAUUGGUCACUGUUUGUGCAUUCCAUUGUACAUGAAUAUUAAUGAUCUUUUUUGCAUUAUGAGUAGAGUUUAAUCAUGCCAA